UCCUAGACAGCUACCUGACAGAAGUGCACGAGAACUUACUUAUCCUCCUUUUAUCUGUCCAACCAAGAAAUAGCCAUCCUACUUUCUAUACUGAGGCCAGAUGGAGCCCAUGUCAGUAUCUCCAAAUGGGAGCACGGAGACAGUGGAGGAUGGUCAUACAGCCUCCCUAGAGGGGGCGCUGACACCCAAGGGCCUGAGGCGCAAGAGAGAGUUCAUUCCAGAAGAGAAGAAGGACGUCACCUACUGGGAGAAGCGUCGCAAGAACAACGAGGCGGCCAAGCGCUCGAGGGAGAAGAGGAGGGUAAACGAUUAUGUGCUGGAGAGCCGCCUGGCGGCCAUGAACAAAGAGAACGCCCGGUUGAACACAGAACUGCUGGCCCUCAAACUUCACUUUGGCCUGGUGAGCCCUGUGGGCUAUGCUGCCCACCAGAACAGCCUGCUACGGCUCCACCAUGCCCAUACCCACAGCCCUCAUUCUCCGCCACCCAGCAGCCCAACCCAGCCCCUGGACAAGGACGUCUACUGGGGUAGGAGGGCCAGCUACAGAGACCCCUCUACUUUGCCAAAUUACCACCACCUACCCCCUGUCCUGACUGGACAACUUGCUCCUGCCAUGAUCAAUCCACAUGCUCUACCAACUAGAAGGGCCUAUCCAUACUUCUUAGAAAUUCCUGGUGUUGUCCACCCUGCAAACUCAUCCUCCCUUCUCCUGCCCCCGCUACUCCCCUCUCCCCUAUUGUCCUGGCCGGGCGUUUCCCUGCUGAGGCCCACCCCUAGGAGAGGGGGUUCAGAUGAGGAGGGGGAACAGCAGGUCCCAGCAGCCUCAUCCAGUGCUGCAUUACCGCACAAGCUGAGGCUGAAGGCUCUCAGAGCUCCUACUGUCCACAGGGAUGUCAGAGACAGGGCCUCCCCGCCGCUCCCGCUCUAUGUAUCUGACUGACGUACCACAUGGCACAGAGCAGACCAACCACAGCACUGAGAACAUGAAGGAUCCAUGCUCUUAGCGCUGUAACAUUGACACCAAAUUUACAGUAAAGGACUAUGUACAACUUAAAACAGACAUUUGUCUUUUGAUUGAUUUUCUGAAAGUUGUUGCUUCUCAGGUUUUGCUUCUUUACUGCCCAACUGGAUUAAAUACAAUGUAAUAUACUUUACUGGAAAGCAUGCUGAACCAGCUGGACUUUGGGAUGAAGCUAUGUUUGAUAGUACUGAGGGACUCCGGGGGGGUGGAUGGAAUUGAUCAUUUUUUAAAAAUCGAAUUAAGUGUUUACGUUGCUGUGUGGGUAAUGUUUAGGUUUUGUUGGUUGGCUGGCUGGCUGGUAGAGCAAGAUAGCACUGUGGUUCAGUGCCUCUCUGGAGUGAGGAGCAGGGCCGUAGCUACACAUGAGGACGCCGAGCUCCAGACCGCUGUCAUUUAAAAAAAAAUAUAUAUAUAUAAAUAAUAAUACAUUUUAAAAAUCUGUCGGGGUCUCAACUUACUGUUGUGUUAGAAUAGUACAACAUACAAGGUGCAAUUUCAAAACUUUGUUGCAGCAGUUUUCCUCUUGGUAUAUGUCACUCACUGACAGUCACUCAAUUAACCCACGUCAGUUAAAUAUUUUUAGAUUGGUCAAUUAGUCUAGUUAGUCUAGGCAGCUAUCUAAACUUGUAGUGAUCAUGGCCGAAUUAUCAAUCGGAAACGCAAGCUGCCCUGACCUCCACAGAGCCCCCAUUGAUUUGUUAGUCACUCUCACUCAGAUAUCAUAUUAACCUGGCAAAAGUCAUGGCAAAAUGUGAAGAAUUGCAGGAAAUUGGCUGUAAAACUGAAGAAAAAAUGUGUUCUGUAAAGCAAACUUAAUUGUUUACCUUUGUUAAUAAAAUACUUUUCUGCUAACAGAUC